UGUCCCUGGAAAAGAUGAGUUAAAAAGCUUUAAAAUAAAUUCCUACUUUACUGGAGUAGAAUAACUUCCAACUGAUAAAUUUAGAAUAAUCCACUGUGUGUAAUUAGAGUGCAGCACUUAAUCUUCCUUAACAUUUGAGGAGCUCGGUGCAAACAAAAAGUGAGAUCAUCACAGCGUUUCUCUAAAUCCUUCGGAGUCUUGUGUUUUUCUGCCCACGUCACCCUCAGGACUGAUGCGACCGUGGAAGAUGUUUUCUGGCUCAAAGACCGAAUAAUGUGGCUCAUUUUCAGCUUGGUGGGAGAACAGAUUCAGAUUUCAGAUCUCGUGGUAUUUCUAGAGGUUCCCGGGGCUCUUUGGAGGGGAAACAGGCCCACAGCAUCACUGGUCAUCCACCGUACUUAACAGUGUUUCCACAUAUCAUGUCUGCUGUCUGCUAGCUCAGUCUCAGCCUCAUGUUUACACUUGUGAAUCUUUUGUCUUUAGUAUCUUUAAUAAAUCGUCUAUUUGAUUUUGUCUCACCGUUAUUCCUGUACAUUUUGUCUCUUUCUGGGAUAUAAAUUAUAUUUCUCGGCUGUCAGACUCGGGGUGCCCUUUGACCUCUUCACUCUUUCCUUUGCAGCUCACUUGUGUGAUGUCAAUAAACGCUGAAAAAGAAAAUGGACCUACCUGUAAAAUAUGUGAGCCACAUCUUGUAGAGGUAAAACAAUGUGACAAUAUGACAACUGCAUGUGUCAAAUAAAGAAGAAAUGUUGCCUUUUCUUCUGUCAGCGAGGUAGGAGUUACAGAAAACGUAUCAUCUUACUGGAUAUCGGGUUCUGGUCAGUUCUGGAGAACCGAGUUAGAGGUUUGUUUUGGAAAAAAUGAUGGGGAUGGGGAGAAAGAGCUGGACUGAGUUUAGAUUCAGAAGCAACUGCAGAUGCACAGAUCAUGAUUUUUUUUUUAAAUUCAAGGUCUGACCUAAUAGUUCAGAUUUUCACUUAUUCUGAUUUUAGAUGCUUAUAUUUGAAGGAAAUUUAAAGCUAUAAUUAACCAGUCAGGCAGACAAAAUCCUUCUGAGAUCAAUGAUAAAGUUUAAUAAAAUGUAAAGCCAAUAUCAAGAGAUGCGCUGAUUAAGCUUUCUUUGACGUCUGAUCUGAUGAUUUACAAUUUUUAUUCCAAGGAUUAUGACACAUUAAAAAAAAAAGUUCAAAUACACCAUGAGCUAAAAAUGCAUUUAUCUGUUUGGUGCUACUUGUGUGAUUUAUUACAAAUAGUUAGUUUGCUCUUUUAUGUUUGCCUCCUUUUAUGGUGGCCCAUAGUAAAACUCUGGAAGUUGUUUGUGGCGCCCCUCGGACCACUGCCGCCCUGGGUGGAGAGCCACAUCACCUGUACCAAAAAUGUCACGUAAUGAUUGACGUUUCAUUACUUACGUAACCGUAAAGUGUUUUUUUUUUUUUUUUCCAACUCUAAAGGUGGAGUAACGGGAAAAUGUUGAUACUUUUAAAGCGACAGUCAAAAAAUUUGACAAAAUAAGUUCCGUGUUUACAAAACUCAAAGAGAGAAACUGUAGCAGCAGCCUCCAGAUAUUACUGAAGUAUCGGCAAAAGAGCAUUUUGUACAGUAAAGCCGCUCUCCGGAGUCGUUGCCCCGUCUCUCCCUCCCAAAAAUAAGUAAACGUAUUUCGUUGCUGUGCACUUCCGGUCUAUACAGUAAGACUUGAUUAACUGUAACCCUACUGCAGCUGCGCACAGGUGAGUCUCAUUAAGCGGCUAGCCAGCAGCUAACUGUAGGAUAUCUUCUUAGCAUCGUUUCUUGAUUAGGAGAAAUUUGAUAACUUAAAAAAAAAAAGUUCUGGUCUCCUCCUCCUCCUCCUCUUCAUCCUUAUUUACCACUUUCCCUCGUGUCUCUCUGUAGCGGCGGACAGACUUGAGAGCGGAGGACAGCUGCGGAGGAAAAGCCCACUCCGGAGCUCUGUCGUUUCUCUCCACUCCCUCUUCUGUGUCUGCAGCUCCAACUUCUCGCUCUCGUUUACGUGCGCGUAAAAACUUUGGCGAGCCGCGGUCUCCUCCUUCCCCUCCGUGCGUAAUUCUCUGGGAAGUGCUUUGAGAACUUGCGAAGAAGUCUCACUUUACUUCUCCCACCUGUUGCUGAAGCGGACGGAGCAGAGAGAACAGGACUCUUAUCCCGGCGGGACGACUUGGGGACUGACCCGGACCAGGGUCCACGGUUCGCGCUCCUCCAGCAGCUGCUGCCGCCUGCACCGCCUCAUAAAAACGGCCGCUUUUGUGACCAAGAGGAGGACUUUAGACAUCGAGGAGUGAAAGGAAAGGAAAGAAAAGAAGGGAGGAAGGGGUCCAGAAAGUGACACUUGAAGGAAUCUGUGCGCGUCUCGUAAAAAAAAAAAAAAAAAAAAAAAGCAGCCUGAAAAACAGCACUGCGAGUGAAGUUUCCAACCGGACAGACAGACUUCAACACCUCGGAUGGUGGAAGGAGAUUUUUCUUUUUUUUUUUUUCCCCCAGCAGAGCUGAGCAGCAUUUCUACUCCAGAGAAGAAGAAGAACAAGAAGAAGAAGAAGAAGAGAAGGUUUGGUGCUGACUAUAGCAAACUUUAGGACAGAGGUGCUUCCCCUCCGCUCUCUCCCCAUCGCCUCGCCCCCCUGCUGGCAAAGCUCCUGUCAGCCCCACACCCACAGAGCACUUUGCCCCGCACCGGCUGCUCGGCGGCGCCGCGGCGGACAAUCAUGGACAACAGGCCCGUCCCGAGGAGACGGACCGGAGCCGUCCGACAUCUGCUGCAGCUGGCGUGCGUCGUCCUCGCCUGCAGCUCCCAGCUUCUGAUGGUGGAGGCGAAUUCGUGGUGGUCUCUAGGUCUGACCCCGAUCCAGCGGCCCGAGAUGUACAUCAUCGGCGCUCAGCCUCUCUGCAGUCAGCUUUCUGGCCUUUCACAGAGUCAGAGGAAGCUGUGCCAGCUGUACCAAGACCACAUGAGCUACAUCGGAGACGGAGCGAGAACGGGCAUCAAGGAGUGCCAGUACCAGUUCAAACAGAGGAGGUGGAACUGCAGCACUGUGGACAGCACGUCCGUGUUUGGACGGGUCAUGCACAUUGGCUCAAGGGAGACGGCAUUCACGUACGCCAUCAGCGCGGCCGGCGUCGUCAACGCCAUCAGUCGGGCGUGCCGCGACGGCGAGCUCUCCACGUGUGGCUGCAGCCGCGCCGCCCGGCCCCGCGACCUGCCGCGCGACUGGCUGUGGGGAGGCUGCGGCGACAACGUGCAUUACGGCUACAGAUUCGCCCGGGAAUUUGUCGAUGCCAAGGAGCGGGAGAAGAAUUACCCGCGCGGGUCGAGAGAGUACGCCCGAAUGCUCAUGAACCUGCACAACAACGAAGCGGGACGACAGGCCGUCUACAACCAAGCGCAUGUCUCCUGCAAGUGUCACGGAGUCUCCGGGUCCUGCAGUCUGAAAACUUGCUGGCUUCAGCUGGCCGACUUCAGGCGAGUCGGAGAAUUUCUGAAAGAGAAAUACGACAGUGCUGCGGCCAUGCAGAUUGGACGCAAGGGGAAGCUGGAGCUGAAAGACAAGCGCUUCAACAACCCGACACCUGAAGACAUGGUCUACAUUGACACAAGCCCCGACUACUGUCUCCGGAACGAAACCACGGGCUCACUGGGAACGCAUGGCCGCUACUGCAACAAAACCUCAGAGGGCAUGGACGGCUGCGAGCUGAUGUGCUGCGGCAGAGGGUACGACCAGUUCAAGACGUACAAGCACGAGCGCUGCCACUGCAAGUUCCACUGGUGCUGCUACGUCAAGUGCCGGCGCUGCACGACUCUCGUGGACCAGUUUUUGUGCAAAUAGCACAAAAAGGCGGGUGAACUCUGGCCCAAAGAAAUGGGAGAAGGAGGAGGAGGUUAUGAAGAAUGAUGACUGAUAUAUAUACAUAUAUAUAUAUAUAUAUAUAUAAAAAAAGAUGUCCAAUAUUCUGAUCACGGUCCUGAUGGAAGAACAAAACAGCACAAACGAGGAUGAAAGGGAUAAACAGAACAGGUUUCAAUCCCUUAAAGUGGGGACACAUUGACCUGCGUGAGCUGAAGAGAUGAAAAUAAAUAUAUAAUUAAGAAAGAAAGAAGUCUACAACGUACACAUUUUAACUUAAAGAGACUUGUGUUUGUUUUAAAGUGUGAAGCAGCCUUGAUUCCUCUGAUUGCCUGCUGCUUUUUUUAAUGCAAGAGCACUGCUAACAUCACCAUAUGCACUCCCAUCCCACUGGCAGGAGCAAAGAAAACUACAACCAGCAGAAAGUGAACAAGUCAAGGUGACAAUGAACGCAAAGUGCCUUGUAGAAGUAUUCAUACCAGUUCAGCUAUUCUUCACGUUUCAUCCAAAAACUGGAUGUUACGUGACAAACCAACAAAAAGCGGUCCAUAGAUAUGCAGUACAAGGAAAACAAUCCACGUUGAGCCAUUUUUUUGCAGCAAUUAUAGUUGUAAAUAACAUUCUGCCCUGAACAAGUUUGAUGUUGCUGUUAGGAUGGUGCAAGCAUCUCUCCCUGUCCAGUAGACAACACUCUGCUAUUACUAAAAAUAAAAGAGAUCAGACUCACUUCUCUGAGCUUUACCGUGAGCUUUUCCCCACCAGAAAAUCCAUUUUUGCUAACUGCGUUAUAGUAUGGGACUCCAAGCAUGAUGAUUCCACCACCAUGUCGGGUUUCAAGCAAUCAUGUCCAGUUUUAGGGUCUGUCAGACUUUUUUACUAAAAUGUUUUCUGUCUUUAACUGGCCAAAUCACCUGCUUUCACAUAUUUGCUCUGCUCCCUUCAUGGCUUUUUGCAACGUGAAUUUAUUAAGGGACUUGCACACCGAAUGCAGCAUCAGCUCCACCAACCUCUGAAAUCCAUUCAUUUGUGCUUCAUGCUCCACGCAACAAUGUUUCGUUUUUCGCUUCUUCUUUUUUUUUUUUCCUGCGCCGAGCGAACGCCAAUGCACUGCAUCUCCUCCCUCAGCGCUGAAGUGCAAGCAGCUCGGCACGGCUUGCGUUGCACUCAGUUUAAAGUCGAUAUUUGUUGCACUUUGACUGCAGUUGCACAGCGACAGAUCCUCGCUUGGCCAAUAGAUACAAGAUAUCUGUCAAAGUGCUCCACACUGAGUAGAAAGCAGCCUGUUAUUAUGGAAACCAAACUCCUUCACUUGCUCUCUAAGGGGUUACACGUUUCUUUUUUAUCUUCUUCCCUGUUGUUGGUUUUAGCACAAAGGAAAUGUAAGAUCUGCAACUCAAACAUAACAAUAAUAAUACGUUUUAUUGUGAAACUCUACCUCUUGUUGUGUUGUACUUUGCUAUGGAUGAACAGAAUGCAAGCACCAUCAGUGUUGCUUCCAGUUUUCCAGGAUUCGCUGCUGUGAAGCUCAAAGGAUGCUGUUUGUCUUUCUUCUCGUCACUCUUCCUUCAAGGCCAGAUUUAUUCGUCGACCUCUAAUCUCUAUUCUACCUGUCUGAUUAUGAUCAUGUCUUGAAAGGUUUGCAGUUCUUAUAUCUAUUUUUAGAUGAUAGCUUGAACGUGUUGGUGAGAAGUUCAAAGCUUGAGAUAUUGUUUUAUAACCUGACUCGGCUUUAACCUUCUCUACAAUCUUUUCCGUGACCUUUCUGCUUUAUUCCUUGGGCUUUCAGGAUGCCGUUUGUUCACUAAUGUCUCCAACAAAUCUCUAAGGCUUUCGAAGAUUUGUUGAGUUUGAAAUGAGAUUCACCUAAGUGCAUAUGUACUCCAUUUACUUAGAAGAUUUCUCACGGUUCGGGGAAAGGAGAGCUGGUUACAUCUUUCAGUUUUGAAUCUGUAGCCAAAAUAGAAAAGUUCACGUCGUUUUCCUUCCGCUUCAUAAUCACGUUCCACUUUGUGUCUAUGUAGCAAAUCCCAAUAAGAUUACAUUGAAGUUUGUAGUUCUGAAGAGACAAAAUGUGAACAAGGAAAUUGAAUAUUUUUGCAAGGCACUGCAAAGAGAGGGACUCCAGAUACUUCACUCUUUUUUAUUUUUUGUAACAAACUUUAGGAGAAAAAAAGAAGAGCUCACAUAAAUCCAGUUCUAAAUGCCUGAACCUGCAGCAGCAUCAGCAAAAUGCUAACAAUAAUUCUCAAAAGGACAGGGCACACUCCCUUUUGUGUCGGUGACCUGACAAAUGAUCCUGUGAGCGGGUUAAUGAGGCCUGCUGCUUGCAGCCAUCUUGCCAUUGUUGCUGUUUAAGUGGGCAGUGUGCUGUCUAGCUCCAUAACCUUCACAUCAGGUGAAGGAAGCACCCAGUAGAGAGAUUUACAUGUUGGACUGGCCUUAAUAAAGACAUGCAAAGAGACGUGGUCAGUGCCAAGUGGACCUUUUUCGUCUGACGAUGUCAAACAAGAUGUCAAGUGUUGUGUUGACUUGGUGUUUUUGCCAGGACUGUGACACUUUGUGACUCUGUGAUGCAGAUAAUAGACGUGCUUGUGGACACAUGAGGACUGAAUAUGCUGUGGAAAAUAAGUGCAAGAAGAAACACAAGAACUGGACUGCAAUUCCUUACAAGCAACAUUCAAGAACUUAGUGGAUAAGAAAUUAUAUUUUGUUGUUUAUAAGCUUAUGAUGUUUUCUAUGUUUUAUACAUGCAUAUUACUGUGUAUUCUUUUGAUAAAGUAGACUUUGAAAGUGAA